CCAAAAUGGACACUGAUACACAGUUGCUUCAUAUCAUAGCGUCACAGUCCACUUUGUACAUGGCGGCACCAUUAUCCAUAACAACUUGAACAUUCCUCAACAGCGAAAUACUCUCAAUUUAACCAUAACGCCCAAUCAAACUUCCCCAAAAGAAAAAAUGGAGGCAACCUCAGUGCUCAGCUCCUCUUCUACUUCCUCUUUUCCACCUUCACACAUUCUCUUAUCUUCCUAUACCUCAAAACCCCAUGUGGGGUUUAUCUUCAAUUCUUUAUCAAAAUGCACUUCUGCUCCUCGUUUGCUCUUUUCUUCUUCACACCAAAGUAAUGUUUACACUAACAGCAACAGUAGCAGAUUCUCUCUGCUUCGCCUUUCAGCUCUUACUGUUGAAGAAGCUGUUGAACAAUCCACUGAUACUUUUUCAGUGCAGCCCAAAAUUGAUAAGAGUGGCAGAUUUUGUAGUCCUAGAGCCGCCCGAGAACUCGCUCUGAUGACAAUAUAUGGGGCAUGUUUGGAAGGGUCAGGCCCUGUUCGCCUUUUUGAGAAACGGAUGAACAUUAGAAGAGAACCGGGAUAUGAAUUUGAUAAAGAGUGGUUAGUUAAGUACAAUCACAUGAGCUUUGGAGGCCCCCCUGUGAAAACUGAGACAAUUGAAGAAGCUGAUGAACUUCUGAAGAAUGAUGAAAAUGAUUCUGAAAUAGAAGCUGAAGUUCUCUCAGCUCCACCAAAGUUGGUGUACAGCAAACUUAUUUUGCGUUUCUCACGGAAACUUUUGGUGGCAGUUGAAGAAAAGUGGGAUAAUAAUGUGCUCGCAAUAAAUAAAGUGGCAGCCGAUAAUUGGAAGAAUGAGCCAGCAGGCAGGAUCCUGGAGCUCUCAAUUCUUCAUUUAUCAAUGGCUGAAAUAUCAGUAUUAGGAACACGGCAUCAGAUAGUCAUCAAUGAGGCUGUUGACCUUGCUAAACGAUUCUGUGAUGGGGCGGCACCCCGUAUUAUCAAUGGUUGCCUCAGGACAUUCGUAAAGGAUCUUGAACGAGCAAAUGCCCGAGCUAACCAGUCACUGUUUACUUGAUACGUCCAAGAUCUCAAGAAUUUGAUGAAUACUCAAAGAUGAAUAUCUUCAACCUACAGGAGACACUCUUUCUGGGCAUUCCUUGCAAAGCCAUGAGAAAGAGAUCAGCAAUGCCUUGAGAUGCAGCUCCCGGACACAUUUGUGCGCUCAUCCAAUAUAAGAAAGAAUUGUAUAUCAAGAUGUUAGGCAUUGCCAACGUUCAACUGUAUGGUUAAUAGUCAUGUCUAUCCUGAAGCAAUGUAUAUUGUAUCACACUAUUUAAUUAAGGCUUAGAGCCUUUGACUUGGAAUUUCAGUUUGUAAUA